UUUUCCAACAUACAAAUCUGCAUUGCUAGCUGAGGGUCAGUUGAAAGGACUAAGGCUUUUGGAUAAAAUACUAAAUGUAAAGAUGAUGUGUAACACAUCAGGUAAGGAACCAGUGUUGAAGUUGGAUGAAGAAAUGAAAAUUCGCAACCACGCUCUUCUUGUACUUGGGGACUAUGAAAACAUCAUGGUGUCAGUUGCCAAAACAAUUGCUGAAUCAGGUGUUAAUGUGUACAGCUUUAAGACAAAGUUAUGUACAAGGAAAGUUGUGCUUCCCAUCAGUUAUGUCAUGACUAUCAUUCUGCGGAAGACCGAAGACGUAAUCCCCUGCUUUAUAAUUACAGUUCUACAAUGUGUAAUACGGUCCGAAACUCCAAGGAAUGUAAAAGGCAUGACGAAUGUGAGGAUGCUCAUUCAACAGUUGAAAUACUAUUUCACAAAACAAAAUUUCGCAGUCAUAUUUGCGUUGGAUGGUCCACUCUUCGUGCUUGCCCUAUGGGUGAUAAAGUUUGCCCAUUUGCUCAUCCAGAUUGCCCAGAUUUAUUUUUUCAUCCUGAUUGGGAAGACCUUUAUGUAGAAGGACUGCACAACACCCUUCUUUUCCUAUCUGGGGCCAUCUUGAACCAUUUUAGACUUCAGUUAUCAGGCUCGCGGAAUGAGGUUGGUCACAGUACUCAACGUUCAGUCCCUUGCGUCCGUAUUUUGGUGAUCACUCCAUCAGCAGAUAUGGUGAAAUUGUAUGCACAGGCUGUAAAGGAACUUGCUCUAACUUGUAACAUGGAGGUUACAGCUGUUACUUUAGGGACAGCAACUCGAGAUUCUUCAGUUUUGAUUGGGACACCGGCUUCACUCUCAAAACUUCUUGCAGAAGAAAAAAGCAAAACCUCACGAAAACAGCAUUCAGGAAAAGCAUUGGGAACAAUCAGCAAUAUAAGAGCUAUAAUUCUUGAUGAUGCAUCCUCUGUGUUGAAGGAAUUUUCUUCAGUAUCUCAUCAAGCAUUAGAAAGAUUGUUGGGUACACCAGGUAUCAAUAAAGUGGCAAUCUCGGAAGUGAUCAGUGUCAGUGAAGUAUAUCAAAACCAGUAGGCUCUUCAAUUGCAAGUUGAAAGAGCUACCAGUUCGAGAACAACCUCAGUCUGGUA